GUGUUGAGCACACGGUCUGCGCUCUUCUAGAGGUUAGGGCAGGAAACACCUACGGGUGCUAGUCUGAGAAAAUUAAGUUAGUCACCAUGGGAAGUCGGCUGCUAGUCACCGCUGUCGCUGCUGCUCUUCAGGUGGCAUUCUUGGUCACCGGGGUUACCGGCUACCUCUACAAUAACCGUUAUGCUGGAAACCAAGUUAUCAGAGUAACUCCAAACAAAUUAAAUGAUACUGAAACCCUGAAGAACCUCUUUGAGAAGUUUCAGGUGGACCUAUGGCAUCCCAACAGUCCAUCUUCCAUUAGAGACGGAGCCGCUGUGGACCUCCAUGUGCCAAGAAAUGCUUCCAAAAUAUUCAGAUCUCAUCUUCAUCAAGCCAAGAUUCACUACAAGGUCCUUAUUGCAAAUCUGCAAAAAGAAAUUGAAAAGCAGGCAGGGUAUAGAUCCUCCCGCAAGCGAAGGUCUGAUUCAAGUUACGAUUAUGAAGUUUACCACUCCCUUGAGGAGAUACAAAGCUGGAUGCAUGAAAUGAACAAAACACAUCCUAGUUUUAUUCGUCUUUUCUCCAUUGGGCAGUCCUUCGAAAGAAGACCCCUUUAUGUUCUGCAGCUGGGAAAGAAAUCCCAACAUUACAAGAAAGCAGUGUGGAUUGAUUGUGGGGUUCAUGCCAGAGAAUGGAUAGGUCCUGCCUUCUGUCAGUGGUUUGUAAAAGAAGCAUUGCAUUCCUACAAUACUGACCCUGUGACAAGACGGUUACUGAACCAGUUGUACUUCUACAUAAUGCCUGUGCUCAAUGUCGAUGGCUACCAUUUUAGCUGGACUACGGACCGAUUCUGGAGAAAAACUCGUUCUAAAAUCUCCAGAUAUCAAUGUCGUGGUGUGGACGCCAACCGAAACUGGAAAGUGAAAUGGUGUGAAGAAGGAGCUUCAUCUCAUCCAUGUUCUGAGACCUACUGUGGGCCAUUUCCUGAAUCUGAACCUGAGGUGAAAGCUGUUGCCAAUUUUCUUCGAAAGCAAAAGAAGCGUGUGAAGGCUUACAUUUCAAUUCAUGCCUAUGCUCAAAUGCUGCUGUAUCCGUAUUCAUACAAGUAUGCUACGAUUCCAAACUUUGACUGUGUUGAAUCUGCUGCGCACAAUGCAGUUCUGGCUCUGUACUCAGCCUAUGGUGUGAGGUACCAGUAUGGCCCUGCGUCAACUACUUUAUAUCUCAGUUCUGGAAGUUCUAUGGACUGGGCAUACAGGAAUGGCAUUCCCUACUCAUUUGCCUUUGAACUGCGUGAUACUGGCUAUUUUGGAUUCUUGCUCCCGGAGUUCCUAAUCAAUCCUACUUGCACUGAGACCAUGCGUGCAGUCAAAACUCUUGCUCUAAAUUUGCUAAAGAAGUGCUCUUCAAGGCAGUCCAUCACUCAGAACAAGAUUAAUUUCCAUCCUUGAAUUUUAUGGAAAAUAGUGAAAAGGAGAAGCAACAUCCAUUUUUAAUUUCCUACCUUUGAUACUAUUAGUUAUUUUUAUAUCAAAAAUUAAUAUUUUAAAUUCCAAGAAUAUUAAAACUGAACUAUUUUCUUAUUAUUACAGUAUAGCAGUAGGUUUGGGAAAUACCAUCGCACUUUUUGGAUUUUUCCAAUUAUUUUCUUGUGACAAAUAUGCACAAAUAUGUAAAGUAUAAUUAAAAUAAAAAAUCAAUGUUUUUAGAAUGAACAAAAAAAAAGAAAAAUGCAUUUCAUGUGGGAAUUUUUAAGCUGCCAAAUGAAGCAAAAGUUGUAUGUGGAUACUAUAAAAAGGGAUUACAAAAAUCCAAAAAAUGUCAUUUAUUAAAAGAAUUGUGUGUCAUUUAUGAAAGCAACAGUCAUAUCAAAAUAAUGUACUAUAUGAUAUGCAUAAAUUAAUACAAAUGUUUUAACACAUUGCACACAGAGAUUUGUAUGUAAAUGUGCUCAAAUUGGGAAACUUUGCUAAAGAUAACAAGAGCCUUCAUUGCUUGACCUUUUGUAUUAAUGUUGUGUCCUCAUGUGGCAUGUUACACUGACCACUUAUAUAAUAUGUCUGUGCCAUUUAUUCAGUGCAUUGAAACCACUGAGUAAUGAGAGGCUUUGUACCCUAAAAUGUGGCAGUUCUGCUGUCAGAAUGAAUUUCCUGAAGGUGUUCAAGUAAUAGAUUUGAAAUAUCAAACCCAAGAAGGUCCCCGUUGAGUGUUGCAUUGGGCACAAAUAUGUCUGACUAUGAAACAUCCAUCCAUCCAUCCAUUUUCUAACCCGCUGAAUCCAAAUACAGGGUCACGGGGGUCUGCUGGAGCCAA